GGGGUCUUCAAAAUGUCUGCUCUAAAAAAUCUCAACUGCAAAAAUUUGAUUUAUAAAACUUACAAUUAUGUAGAUUCUGUUUUAUUCAAAGAUAAGAUAAUAAGUUCAAGAAUAUGCACUAACCUUGAGAUAACCAGGGGUAGAAGAAGAACUAGUAAACCUGCACCAUUUUGGGCCAGAAAAAAGACUAAAUUAUUGGACUUUGACUUAACCAAAGAAAACAGGAAUUUUGUACAGGAAGUAGCCGAGGAAAAAUAUGUUAAGCAAAUGGCAUCCCCCUUGAGGGAACCCCCUUGGGAAAGACAUCCAUGGACUCUCAGACCAACCACGCUUAGAGCAGGUGUUUUAGGAAUAAAGCUUGGUGUGCUGCCUCAGUGGACAGUAGAGGGAAAGAAAAUAUAUGUUACACUUUAUCAGGUGCUGGACAACCAUGUUAUUCGCUACACUCCUCCUGAGGAAUACAUACAUACUAAAGGCUGGAAACCUAAAUGGAAGAGACCCUAUGGCUCGUUAGUUGUUGGCGCACUCAGUGUUAACCCUACCAUGUACUCAAAGCCAUACAACAAUCUUUUCCUAGAAUCUGGGGUCCCUCCUAAGAGGAAGAUGACCAGAUUCCUUGUUACACCUAAUGCUGCUAUACAGCCAGGGACUCCUCUCGACGUGCGACACUUUAGACUUGGCCAAUAUGUUGAUGUUCAGGCAAAGACUAUUGGACAUGGCUUUCAAGGUGUUAUGAAACGAUGGGGAAUGAAAGGUGGUCCAGCAUCCCAUGGUUCCACAAAGUUUCACAGGAAAAUGGGUGCCACUGGAGGAGGUGGGGAUAAAGCCGCUAUAUGGAAAGGAAAGAAAAUGCCAGGACAUAUGGGGAUGGACUGGAAUACAAACAAAGGCAACAUGAUAGUGAGAAUCAACUACAAGUAUAACAUACUAUAUGUGACUGGCUCAGGGAUGCCUGGACCCAAUCUAUGUUAUUCAAGAAUCUAUGACUCCCAGCUACCAACUCGUAAAGGAGAACUAGAAAACAGUGAUUCGAAACCAUUGAUGCCAACCUACUACCCAGAGGAUGGGGAUGAAUUCCCAGAGGAAGUUUUCCAUCCCAGCUUACAUCAGUUCACGGAACCUUCUGUCAUCUUUGAUAGCAUAAAGUCCUGAUUGACAUUAUGAAAUUAUACAUUAUUAUGAAUGAUGAAUGGAUUUGCUAUGGAGAAUGGUACAUUCUCGUCUAACAAAUAAAAAAAAUAAAAGCCAA